AUGGUGAAAAUUCAGUGUAUUGAUGAGAAGGGCAAUAUCUGCACAGUAGAUGUUGAUGUAAACUCACUCGUUGACGACAUGAAGGCAGUCCUUGAGGUUGAACUAGGUAUCCCAAUGGAUGAGCAGGAGCUCAGGACUGCUAGUGGGAUGAUGCUAUGCAGCAAUGAGACCUUCAGUGCUCAAGGUAUUGUAAGUGAUACUCAGUUAACAGUGCGUCGACAACCUCUGCAGGAAUCACAACAACCACCACCAAAACCACAACCACCAAAACCACAACAGCAACCACAACCACAACGCUCACAACAGCAUCCGCAACAGGAGGAACGCUUAUCGCUUGAUGAGGCACGUGCACGUAUUGAGCAACUUUUUAAUGCAAGGAUGGCCCAAGGACAAGGGGGGUGGCCCAUGAUGAAUGAAAAUGAUCCGAAUCUACAACAACGCAUAUAUGAUCAUAUUCAGGCCCGCAACGUUGAUGAAAAUCUGGAAAAUGCUCUAGAACACGCCCCUGAACUGUUCAUACCAGUAACUAUGUUGUACGUAAAUUGUGAAAUUAACAAACACAAGGUGAAGGCCUUUAUUGACUCGGGUGCGCAAAAGUCAAUUAUUAGUGCCCGAUUAGCAGAGGAGUGUGGACUUACACGACUCAUUAACACCAAGUGGAAAUCUCUUUUACGUGGUGUUGGUGCAAAGCAGGCGAUUGGUCAUAUUCACAUGACAGUGGUGAAUCUCGGUGGUCUCUUUAUUCCCUGUUCGUUUUGUGUGCUGGAGGAUGAUAAUAUUGAUCUUAUUAUUGGUCUUGACCAGUUGAAGCGUCACAGAAUGAUUAUAGAUUUGAAGGAGUUCUGCCUGCGCAUAGACGACACGGCGAUUCCGUUUCUUCCUGAUCAUGAAGUUCCUAUGGGUAAAAUCCCUGAUGAAGAAGAGUUGCAAAAAUUAAAGGGGGAUGCAAAUAAGAGUUCUGAGUCCUCUUCUUAUCCGUCAACAGGGGUGACGUCGGCGGGAACAGCACAAACACCAGGAGUCGCUGCAACAGCUGGUGCACCAACUCGUACAACGGGUGGUACCACAGGUGUCUCCUCUCACACGAGUGGAAGUAGACAAGGUGGUGCGAUAAAUGAGAAUGCUGUGGCAAACUUUAUGUCACUCACUGGUAUUGAUAGGGAAAGAGCUAUUUUGCUACUGGAGGCAGCUGGCUGGGACGUAAAUAUAGCCAUGUCACUCCUUCUGGAUGAUUAA